AUAAGUCAAUCACUGUUUCUUUCCAAGAGGAGGACUAGAUACUAUAUAAAAGUUCUCACACACCAGGUUUUCUUGCUCGAUUUGACUUCUUUCCACUGGUUCCUGCUGUGGGACACGGGCUCCCCAAACCCUGUGACGAUGGGCUCCCAUCAGCAGAAGGGCGAUGGCCAAGGGAUCUCGGAGCAGUCCGGUGGAUGCCAUGGCAGUGGCGGCAGAGGAGGAUCUUGCCAUAGGGGUGGCGGAGGAGGAUCUUGCCAUAGUAGCGGGGAAGGAGGAUCUCUAGGCUACCAGAUCCAAGGAUCAUCCUGCCACAGCGGAGGAGGAAGCAGCAGUGGUGGUGCUAUCUACCAGACCCACAUAUCAUCCCCCUCCUUUGGAGGAGGAGGAGGAUCAGGCCACCAGAGCCAAGGAUACAUCAGCAGCAGUGGAGGAGGAGGUGGUGGUGGAGGUGGUUCAGGCCACCAGGGCCAAGGGCCCAUCUGCAUCGGGGGAGGUGGUGGAGGAGGUGGUUCAAGCCACCAGGGCCAAGGGCCCAUCUGUGCUGGAGGAGGAGGUGGUGGUUCAGGCCACCAGGACCAGGGGCCCAUCUGCAUUGGAGGAGGUGGUGGAGGUGGUUCAGGCCACCAGGGCCAGGGACCCAUCUGCAUUGGAGGUGGUAGCAUAGGAGGAGGUAGUGGAGGUGGUGGUGGUGGUGGUUCAGGCCACCAGGGCCAGGGACCCAUCUGCAUUGGAGGUGGUAGCAUAGGAGGAGAUGGUGGAGGUGGGUCAGGUCACCAGGGCCAGGGACCCAUCUGCAUAGGAGGUGGCAGCGGUUCAGGCCAGCAAAGCCAGGGACCCAUCUGCAUUGGAGGUGGUGGUGGAGGUGGUGGUUCAGGCCAGCAAAGCCAGGGACCCAUCUGCAUUGGAGGUGGUGGUGGAGGAGGUGGCUCAGGCCACCAGGGCCAGGGACCCAUCUGCAUUGGAGGCAGUAGCAUAGAAGGAGGUGGUGGAGGUGGGUCAGGUCACCAGGGCCAGGGACCCAUCUGCAUAGGAGGUGGCAGCAUAGGAGGUGGUGGAGGUGGUGGCGGUGGUUCAGGCCAGCAAAGCCAGGGACCCAUCUGCAUUGGAGGGGGUGGCGGAGGAGGAGGCAGCAGCUCCUCAAGCCACCAGGGACAAGGGCCCAUCUGCAUUGGAGGAGGUGGUGGAGGUGGUUCAGGCCACCAGGGCCAGGGACCCAUCUGCAUUGGAGGUGGUAGCAUAGGAGGAGGUAGUGGAGGUGGAGGUAGUGGUGGUUCAGGCCACCAGGGCCAGGGACCCAUCUGCAUUGGAGGUGGUAGCAUAGGAGGCGGCGGUGGUUCAGGCCAGCAAAGCCAGGGCCCAAUCUGCAUUGGAGGGGGUGGUUCAGGCCACCAGGGUCAAGGAUCAUCCUCCUUUGGAGGAUACAGCAGUGGAGGUGGUUCAUCCAGCUCUGGCGAUUCAUCCGUGUAUCAGCAGACCCAGCCCGUCUCCUGGCCACCACAGCAUAAACACAAGUAGCUGCUGCAGAAAGGACUCUGAUCAAGAAAGCCCAAGAUGCAAACAUGCCUCACUGAUUUCUUUCCCUACUAAAUUUAAGAAUAUUUGCAUGAUUCCUUUCUCCUCUUAUUUGGACUUUUUCUCUUCAAUGGCCCUGCUGAUCCAGAGCCUCUGGUGGCAUGUAUUAUUAACCUGCAGUCUGACACCAGGGUUGUUGCAUGUUUCUGUUUUCUGCCUCAGUUUCCUAGUGUUUGCAUGAGACAAUAAAACUUGCAAUUCUAGAGAGCUUCAGUGUCCAAGUAGUUGGAUUUUGUUUUAUACCUCAUAUUUUGCAUUAUUCCUCUUUUCUUCUGAGCUGAUGCUGUUGUAAUAAAGUUCCAGAGCACAACUGCAAUGGAAACCCACAGGUAGAACAGAUGCAAAGGACAUCAAGCCAGAUUCACUCCAUAGUUGUGUCUCCUUUUUUAAUGUCAGUUGCUACUAACAGUCUUGACUUUUGCCCAUUAGGUAAGAUACCACAAAGUUAAAUAUUGCAAACAGUCUCUCUUUAAGGACAGAACCAAUUUCUAUCUCAUCUAAGCAUCAUAUAAUGACCAAGGUAGUUAUUUAAAUGGAUUAGGAGAGGAAAGAUGCAAAAACUCUUACACUCUAGUACAAAAGAUUACAACAUACGAUUAUACCUGUGAGGCUGAGUCCCUUGCAUGUGCCCACUGCAUGAACUCUUGGUGCUCACGGCUGCACAAAGGCAGAGAGGGUACUUGCCCCUUAUGCACACUCUACCCAAGUAGCUGGGAAAGAGAAAUGAGGGGGGUCUAUCCAACCCUUGCUCCAGUUCUGAACCCCCCAGUGCAUCAAGCAGCUGGGACAGGACUUUAGAAAGCACCUCCCAAGAGCUGAGACACUAAGCCUGGAGUAACUAAGGAUCUCAUCAUUUGCACAGGAGUAAAACACUGCUCCAGCUAAGAGUCUUCAGAGGGAGCUUGUCUACGGGAAGCUAUUUCUUUGAUGUGGUAUUUUCUGGCAAUAAGUAGGGAAAAGAAAAUAAACCUUUUCUGCCUGAACUGUUCCACGCAAGGCGGACGAUAAAUGUUUAGGAACUGGCUGAGCAGAGACAGGGAUGACCCAUGUCUAUUAGCAGGUAAAGGGAGCUUCAUGUGGUGCUUCUGCUGUCAGCCACUACCCCAGCCAGCAUCUCCCAGCUUGAGUGCAGGGUGCUAGCUAGAGUCUCGCAGCCCUGCCUUCACUCUGAACUGCAGGAGAAGAGCUCACAAGUGACAUCUGCAAUCAAACUGCAGGUAGUCUAGGAAAUGAUACAGGAGAGAAGUGGUCCGAUUUGAUGAGUCAGGACAAGUGGGCAGACUGAGCUGGGUUUGGUUAGUAAAUAAGCCUAUCACCAUUCCUUUGGAUGCCUCAUUUCCCGUAUGGGAAAGCUAGAAACCAUAUAAAAGUUGCUGGGUCUCACAGUGCAUCAUUCACUCAGCUUUGGUCCACUGCACGCGUUGUCAGAGUUGAGAAGGGUAAGUCCAUUUCUUCUGAAGGGAGAGAUUCUUCUCCUUCUAUAUUUAUGUUUGGAAAACAGAAAUGCCUUGGUAGAGUAAGCCUGAUGGGUGACGACCUGAAAGGCAGGAAGGUUGUUUUGAUGAAUUUACAUCUCCUGACGAUGUCAGCAGAAGCAAAAACAAAAAACAACCUGUGCUUUUGGAAGCAAUGUGUUUCAUCAUUAUUCCAUAACUGUUCCAUCUGGAUCUCUAUAAAGACAUUAAAUGACAAGUUGAUUAUCUUGAGCAAUCUCUUGCGAGUGCAAGGCUUUUAUAUGCUGCUGUGAUCCAUGGAGCACACACAAUUUAGAAGAAAGAAAGCUCAGUGAGUGUAGAGGAUGUCCUUUCACUGUUAUUUGGUUGUAAGAGGGUCCCUCUGGAUGGGGGAAAUUACUGUGAUAGCAGUGGCUUUACUUGGGUACCAUUUUCACAACAUAAAACAGGCUUAGCAGUAUUUCCUUGGUGCUCCAUCCUGACAGCACUCUUUCUUGCAGGCUUGGUGCUCAAAGAUGUGCUCCCGACAGAACUCCAGAGGCUGCCACGAAACAUCCUCCCAGUCCGGGGGAUGCCACAGCGGGGGCUCGUCCUGCCAUGGCGGCAGCUCCUCCAGCUACCAGGCACUGGGCUCCUCUUGCUGCGCGAGCGGAGGCUCCAGCAGCUAUGGCGGGGGCAUAGCCUCAUGCCAGCAGAUACGGGGAUCCUCAGGCUACGGCACGGCAGGAGGAUCCAGCGGGGGCUCCAUUAUCAUCUCGUCUGGGGGUGGCAGUGGAGGGUCAUCCGGAUGCUGCAGUGGGGGGGGAUCCGGCGGGGGCAGCACAGGCUCCGGUCAGAAGAUCAUUGUCAGCUCCGGAGGUGGAGGUGGCGGCUCAUCCGGAUGCUGCAGUGGGGGAUCCUCAGGCUAUGACUUGGGAGGAGGAAGCAGCAGUGGCUCUUCAGGAGGCAAGAUCAUAAUAGCAGGAGGGGGGAGCAGUGGGGGAUCAUCCGGAUGCUGCAGUGGAGGAUCCUCAGGCUAUGGCCUGGGAGGAGGCUACGGUGGUGGCAGCGGGGGAUCAGGCCAGAAGAUCAUUGUCAGCUCUGGAGGUGGAGGAGGUGGCUCAUCCGGAUGCUGCAGUGGAGGAUCCUCAGGCUAUGACUUGGGAGGAGGAAGCAGCAGUGGCUCCUCAGGAGGCAAGAUCAUAAUAGCAGGAGGGGGGAGCAGUGGGGGAUCAUCUGGGUCCUGCAGUGGAGGAUCCUCAGGAUACGGCCUGGGAGGAGGCUACGGUGGUGGCAGCGGGGGAUCAGGUCAGAAGAUCAUUGUCAGCUCCGGAGGUGGAGGAGGUGGCUCAUCCGGAUGCUGCAGUGGGGGAUCCUCAGGCUAUGACUUGGGAGGAGGAAGCAGCAGUGGCUCCUCAGGAGGCAAGAUCAUAAUAGCAGGAGGGGGGAGCAGUGGGGGAUCAUCUGGGUCCUGCAGUGGAGGAUCCUCAGGAUACGGCCUGGGAGGAGGCUACGGUGGUGGCAGCGGGGGAUCAGGUCAGAAGAUCAUUGUCAGCUCCGGAGGUGGAGGAGGUGGCUCAUCCGGAUGCUGCAGUGGAGGAUCCUCAGGCUAUGACUUGGGAGGAGGAAGCAGCAGUGGCUCUUCAGGAGGCAAGAUCAUAAUAGCAGGAGGGGGGAGCAGUGGGGGAUCAUCUGGGUCCUGCAGUGGAGGAUCCUCAGGCUAUGGCCUGGGAGGAGGCUACGGUGGUGGCAGCGGGGGAUCAGGUCAGAAGAUCAUUGUCAGCUCCGGAGGUGGAGGAGGUGGCUCAUCCGGAUGCUGCAGUGGAGGAUCCUCAGGCUAUGACUUGGGAGGAGGAAGCAGCACUGGCUCCUCAGGAGGCAAGAUCAUAAUAGCAGGAGAGGGGAGCAGUGGGGGAUCAUCCGGAUGCUGCAGUGGAGGAUCCUCAGGCUAUGGCCUGGGAGGAGGCUACGGUGGUGGCAGCGGGGGAUCAGGCCAGAAGAUCAUUGUCAGCUCCGGAGGUGGAGGAGGUGGCUCAUCCGGAUGCUGCAGUGGGGGAUCCAGUGGUGGGUCUUCAGGAGGCAAGAUCAUAAUAGGAGGUGGAGGUAGUGGGGGAUCAUCUGGAUGCUGCAGUGGGGGAUUCAGUAGUGGCAGUGGAGGUUCCUCAGGCCACACAAUCAUCAGCUCCGGAGGAGGCAGCGGAGGGUCCUCCCAGUCCAUGCAGCAGAAAUGCCCCACCAUCAUUCCCAAUAUUGAAUCCCAUCAAACCAAGCAGGCCUGCUACUGGCCCCCCAGCUACCAGAAGUGAUGGCCACAGAUGGCCCCGGCGCUCAGCAAGAACAGCCCUCCGUGCGACAGACAAGUCACCGUUUUCUCUCUACAUCUGGUGCUCUCUUCCAAGUUUGCUGUUUCCUCCCAGCAUGUCCUCUUCUCUUGAUGCUGCAUCACUGUGCUGUGAAGCCCUGGAUAAACAGUGUUGUGCCCUGGUGCUGGGUUUAUGAUGUCUUUGAUCAGGCUUUGCUGCUUUACCUAUCCAUCAAUGUGAACGGAAAUAAAACUUACUGCGUACAGAAAGUA